GCUUGCGCCGAAGCGUGGGAUUCUCUGCGCUGCCCUCAGCGACGCUGCGGCGGCCUCGCGCCCGACGCCCCUUGACCGCCUUGCAAACGCAAGCGCGAACGAGCAUGUCGAUGCGAUGCUGCGCGGGAGCGCGGCCAACGCGUGGGUUUCAAUGCCCCGAUGCCUGGGGCCUGAUCGCGCGUCGCCUGACGCCGCGGCGCGCGCCGACCAAUGGGCCGACAUCAGCGACGCCGUGUUCGCAAUGUGCAAGCCUGCCCUUGGCGACGCGGGGCUUGUUGGCCCCGGCUAUGCAUGGGGGAAUUCCGAGAAGGCGUUGCGCCUGGGCCGCGCGCUCUUGGAUCGCGUGCGUCGAGACGCGCUCGCUCGUGUUUACCAUAAGUCGGUCUACCGCGUGACGGUCGAGAAGUACCCCGUGGCGCGCUCCCAACUGGACCUGGGCCCGUCAAAGAUCCGGGCGGUCGUCGCGGCCGACCUGCGCACGUAUUUACAGGACGUGAAGUUUGA